CUGGCGAUGUGAGGCCCAAAUUAUUUAUUGGGCUGAUAACAUGUUUUCCAUUGCCCAAGUCAUCAAUGGCUUUCAAAAGCUUCUUCCCCGUCAAGUAACCCGGAGACUCAUUUCUUCAUCCGCUUGUUCCUCUACCAGCUCCGAUAGUGCGAAGAAGGAUAAAGGGAUCUUGGAAAAAUGGCGCCUGCAGCCGACAUAGACGAUGAGAUCAAGGACGAGAAGAACCCUAGGCCCCUUGAUGAAGACGAUAUUGCUCUUCUUAAGACAUACGGUCUGGGACCUUAUUCAACUAAUAUAAAGAAAGUUGAAAAGGAAAUUAAGGAGAUGGCAAAGAAGAUCAAUGAUUUAUGUGGCAUCAAGGAAUCUGACACUGGUUUGGCUGCACCUAGUCAAUGGGAUCUGGUUUCUGAUAAACAAAUGAUGCAGGAGGAACAACCUCUUCAGGUUGCAAGAUGUACAAAAAUAAUCAGUCCAAAUACUGAAGAUGCAAAAUAUGUUAUCAACGUAAAACAAAUAGCGAAGUUUGUUGUUGGAUUGGGUGACAAAGUUUCACCAACCGAUAUUGAAGAGGGAGUGCGAGUUGGAGUUGAUCGGAAUAAAUAUCAGAUCCAGAUUCCCUUGCCCCCCAAAAUUGAUCCAAGUGUCACCAUGAUGACUGUCGAGGAAAAGCCUGAUGUGACAUACAAUGAUGUUGGUGGAUGUAAGGAACAAAUUGAGAAGAUGAGAGAGGUGGUUGAGCUACCGAUGCUCCACCCAGAAAAAUUUGUGAAGCUUGGGAUUGACCCACCUAAGGGUGUUCUCUGCUAUGGCCCUCCGGGAACAGGGAAGACACUACUAGCUAGGGCAGUGGCUAAUAGAACAGAUGCUUGUUUUAUCCGUGUCAUUGGCAGUGAACUUGUCCAGAAAUAUGUUGGGGAAGGAGCUCGGAUGGUUCGCGAACUCUUUCAGAUGGCACGCUCUAAAAAGGCUUGCAUUGUUUUCUUUGACGAAGUCGACGCGAUUGGUGGAGCAAGGUUUGAUGAUGGAGUUGGGGGAGACAAUGAAGUUCAACGAACUAUGCUUGAAAUUGUGAACCAACUUGAUGGCUUUGAUGCACGUGGGAAUAUUAAAGUUCUCAUGGCAACCAAUAGACCGGACACACUUGAUCCGGCAUUGUUGCGUCCCGGGCGGUUGGAUCGCAAAGUCGAGUUUGGGUUGCCUGAUCUGGAAAGCAGGGCACAGAUUUUCAAGAUUCACACGAGAACAAUGAACUGUGAGAGGGACAUCCGUUUUGAACUCUUAGCACGUCUUUGUCCUAACUCUACUGGAGCCGAUAUAAGGAGCGUGUGCACGGAGGCCGGGAUGUACGCGAUCAGAGCAAGGAGAAAGACGGUGACAGAAAAGGACUUUCUUGAUGCUGUGAACAAAGUCAUCAAAGGGUACCAGAAAUUCAGUGCCACCCCUAAGUACAUGGUCUACAAUUGACCCCCCCCCUCCCUCCCGAAAGACUAGUCCUACUCUGGAUUUAUUGUUCUCUCAAUCUUUGCAUAAGGACAUGUAAAUCAUUUUCCAAUUGUACUUGAAUUCCUUUUGUAUCUGCUUGUUGCACUAAUUCAAUAGUCAACAUGUACUGCCUCUGCCAAGACCUCAUGUUAUAUUGCUUGGGCUUUUGUUGUUACACAUCAUCAUGGCUUGAACAAAUGUUAGUUCUUAAUCCAAGUUUUACAUUAGCUAUGAGUUAACU